AUGUCCGAAACCCCCUCCCAAACCCACGAGCCCCCCUCCCUCCCCUCCUCCCCCCUCCCAAAACGCACCCGCGUAAUCGACCCCACGCCCCUCCGCAACACCUCGACGCUCCCCCGCCCCUCAGACUCCGGCACCACAACGCCCACCCCCCUCGCAAGCCUACAACCGCCGCCCUCAAUCGCACCCUCCAUCGCCGCCGCCGCCGCCGCAGAAAUGCAGCUCCAAGUCCAGCUCCUCAGUCCUGAGGCGCGCGCGCCAACGAAGGGAAGCGCGUUUGCGGCGGGACACGAUUUGUAUAGUGCGCGGGAGAUGAGCAUCCCGGCCAGGGGGCGCGCACUGGUUGCUACGGAUGUGAGUGUUAGUGUGCCGGUGGGUACUUGUAUGUUUCUCUCUCUUUUUCUUUCUCUUGAUCUGUAUGGUCGUGUAGCACCGCGCUCGGGACUGGCGUUCAAGCACGGUAUUGAUACUAUGGCGGGCGUCAUCGACGCGGAUUAUCGCGGUGCUGUGGGCGUUAUUCUGGCGAACCUUUCGGAUGUGGAUUUCGAGGUUAAGGUUGGGGAUCGGAUUGCGCAGUUGAUUGUUGAGAAGAUUGUCAUGGCUGAUGUUGUUGUUGUGGAGAAGCUGGAGGAGAGUGUUAGGGGGGCGGGCGGGUUUGGGAGUACGGGGGGUUUUGGGGCGGGUACAGCUGCGUGA